UGUGACCUCCAGAAGGUGUGCAGGUCAUAGAAAAACACACUUACCAUCUGGACACAAGUGACAUACACCCUCAUUACUACAAAAUUACACACCACAAGACACACUCAAGUAUGCAAAGAGACGGCUGUGGACUGCAUUAGAGAAUGGGCCUGUUUUACAUUUGUUUUCUGUUCUAGUGGCUUUUAGAGGGAGAGGGAGAGGGAGAGGUUUUUUUUGUUGCUCUAAUUCUCUGAUUUAGUUCUGGUUAGGUCAGAAUAAGCCUCCCUGAGUGUUAGAAAGAAAGAUAGAGAGACUGUGUCUGUCCAUCAGAAAGUGAUUGUAAUUCUAAGCAUUUUACAGCUUCUCUCACAUGCAGAGAGAUUUCUUGGAAGGAAUCCUUGCUGCUUAUGAAAGAACAAAAAAUGGGGUGAGUGGAAAGAGGAGAGGAGGGAGAUGUGUGCCAGUGUGUAUGUGACUCGCUGUCUGGGGGUGAGACACACACACACACACACACACACACUUAAAUACCAAAGAGAGAAACCCCCUUUCACUUUUCACUAAAACUUUCUCUCACACAAACACACAUCUCCAUUCAGAGACAGCGCCACUGCAGUACUUCUCAUUAAGACCAGGACAUACACACACAUUGACACACUCACUAACUGUCUUAUUCUGCUCAUGGCUUGUGGGAUGCAACUGCCGACCUGGAGCGGUCACCAGUGGAGACUGAUCCAGCAUUUCCUCCAGAUGGCCCUUUUGCUCUCCCUCCUGUGCCCACCCACAGAGCCUGUUCCCUGGGACAACGACUUCAGCAGUGGCCCUGGAGAGGGCUGUGAGGGUUUCCAGGUGGAUGUAUGUGGUGUGUGCGCAGGGGAUGGGAGCUCAUGUGAGCUGUUCAGUGGGACACUCUUUCUUUCUGUGCUCUCUGUUGGUUACCACAAGAUCCUGGACAUCCCCUCUGGAGCUCAACGAAUCAAAAUACAGGAAACACAGAAGACCAGGAACUACUUAGCUCUCAGGAGAGCGAGUGGUGAAUCAGUGAUAAAUGGUAACUGGGUAAUCGACAGGCCAGGAUAUUUCUAUGCCGUGGGUACUCAGCUCACAUACAAACGGCCCAAUGAGAUACGCAGCAGAGUGGGAGAAUCCAUCACUGCUCCUGGCCCGACCAAUCAGGAGCUGCAUCUCUUUGUGAUUUAUCAACAGCCCAAUCCAACAGUGUAUUAUGAAUACAUUCUACCCAAAGACCCCAUCACUGACACUUACUCAGAUGCCUAUUCUUAUUCUAGUGUACUUCCUCUGGAGAGUCAUGGAAUGUUUCCUGAUCCUGAGAAUAGUGACGGUGAAAGCUCAAUGGGCAGCCCUCAUCCUAACCAAGUUCCUUUGGACCCUAUAACCCCUGAACCAGUUCCUCAAUACAGCUGGGUUGCCAUGAAAACAACACCCUGCAGUGCCACCUGUGGAACAGGCAGUCGUCAAGUUGUGUUCAGCUGUGUGGAAAGGGCCACUCAAACCACUGUACCGAGGGAUCUCUGUAGCCACACCAGUCAUUCUGGCCCCCAGGUAGAAGAGUGUCAAUCGCAGCCUUGUCCAGCCUUUUGGGAUGUAGGGGAGUGGUCUGAGUGCAGUAAGACCUGUGGUCCAGGUUUCCAGCAUCGUCAGGUGAUUUGCCAGCAGACGCAGGGACACCAUGGCAAUAGCACAGUCAUCGUGGCGACCAGCCUCUGCGACGACACAGAGAUGCCAGAGACGACCACCGUGUGCCAGCUCAAGAUCUGCAGUGAGUGGCAGAUCCGCUCAGAGUGGACAGAGUGCUCUGUGCCGUGUGGAGUGGGUCAGCGCAGAAGAGAAGUCGUGUGUGUGGAUAACCUGGGUGACAUCGUUUCUGAUGAGGAAUGCAACAUGGCGCUUCGCCCACAGGACCUGCAGAACUGUGACAAAGGAGUGUGUGCCAGCAGCUGGUUCUAUUCUCUCUGGAGUGAUAGGUGCUCCGCAGACUGUGCGGAAGGACGUCGCAGCCGGUCAGUGGUGUGUAUGAUGAGUCAGACCAACUCACUUCCACUGGACAACUGCGAUGAUGAGGAUAAAGCCGACGAGCUCAUGCCGUGUGACCUGGGACCCUGCUCACAGCGACUGGAAUGGUACACAGGACCCUGGGGACAGUGCUCGUCUGAAUGUGGCAAUGGUACCCAGAGUCGAGGUGUGGUCUGUGUUGUCCAAAACAAUGUCCAUUUAGAAGUCACUUCAGAUGAGCGCUGCUCUCAUCUGCCCCGUCCUCCGAGUGGACAGUCCUGCUAUUUGAAGAGUUGUGGUGCGCAGUGGUACAUGACGGAGUGGAGCUCGUGUUCUCGUUCCUGCGACGGAGGCUUUCGAGUGAGGGAGGUACGUUGUUUGCAAGAUGAACUGACCACAAGCCAUGACUGUGAUCCUGCCCUUGAACCUGCAAAUCAAGAGAAUUGUAACACACACACCUGCACGCCACAGAUUGACGAGUCCUGCAGGGAUUUGUACUAUAACUGUGUGGUGGUGGUCCAGGCUCGUUUGUGUGUGUACUCAUACUACCGCACCACAUGUUGUGCAUCAUGCUCUCGGGUCAUUCAGAGAGACACGCUGCAUAGAAUCAGGUGAUCCGGUCGGCUUCUUGAGAUGUGACAUCACCGCUCGCCUUUCCUUGAAUUAUAAUGUCCUUGUCUCAUCAUGACAUCAUCGCCCACCUGUUUUCAGCUGGAUCUGACCCUGAGAUGACAUCACUGUUCAUCACCUCUCUGUAUUUUACUUCAAAAGACUUUAAGUAUACAUUCACUGCCUUUCUUUUUUAAAACACAAAAUGAGAAUGCUCUAUGAGCAAUUGAAUAUUUAUUGCAAAUAAAAACAACUGAGCCUCUUUUA